AUGAAUAAGAGCGAUUACAACAAAGGUCUGACGAUUAUGAUCGAUUUCGUUAGGGAAAUUGCUAACAUGCUUGAAGCAAUCCAAUCCCGAGUAGAAGAAAGUUUCUGCAUCGACGGAAAUAUCAUACUAUACAUAGCAAAUCAUCCUGACGAUGUAGAUGUCCAAACACUCCAUAACAUCUUUGAGAAAGCAAAAACAGAAGAUCAGUCCAUAGAGGACAACAUCUCCUUCAUGUUGGGAUCAAUCCACAAGAGAAUUGGGAAGUACAAACGUACCAUGAAAGACACAACCUCCGAUUGA